CAGAGAGCCGGUGGUCGCCAUGGCGAUGCGGGAGCUGGUGGAGGGCGAAUGCGGAGGGGCCAACCCCCUGAUGAAGCUGGCCGGUCACUUCACCCAGGACAAGGCCCUUCGGCAGGAGGGACUGCGGACUGGGCCCUGGCCCCCGGGAGCCCCUGCCUCUGAGACCGUCUCCAAGCCUUUGGGAGUAGCUUCGGAAAAUGAGUUGGUGGCUGAAUUCCUGCAGGAUCAGAAUGUACCACUCGUGUCCCGUGCCCCUCAGACCUUUAAGAUGGAUGAUCUCCUGGCGGAGAUGCAGGAGAUUGAACAGUCCAGCCUCCGCCAGGCUCCCCAGAGAGCCCCUGGUGUGGCAGACUUGGCCUUGUCUGAGAACUGGGCCCAGGAGUUUCUUGCAGCUGGAGAUGCUGUGGAUGUGACUCAGGAUUAUAACGAGACUGACUGGUCCCAGGAAUUCAUCGCUGAAGUUACAGACCCCUUGUCUGUGUCGCCGGCCCGCUGGGCUGAGGAGUAUCUGGAGCAGUCUGAGGAGAAGCUGUGGCUGGGAGAGCCUGAGGGAGCAGCCACUGCCGAUCGCUGGUAUGAUGAAUAUCACCCUGAGGAGGAUCUGCAGCACACGGCCAGCGACUUUGUGGCCAAGGUUGAUGACCCUAAACUGGCUAACUCUGAGUUCCUGAAAUUCGUGCGGCAGAUUGGCGAGGGCCAGGUGUCCCUGGAGUCCGUUGCAGGGUCGGGCCGAGCUCAGGCAGAACAGUGGGCAGCAGAGUUUAUACAGCAGCAGGGUACUUCAGACGCCUGGGUCGACCAGUUCACAAGGCCAGUAAACAAAUCUGCCCUUGACAUGGAGUUUGAGCGAGCCAAAUCCGCGAUAGAGUCUGAUGUCGAUUUCUGGGACAAGUUGCAGGCAGAGUUGGAGGAGAUGGCAAAGCGGGACGCUGAGGCUCACCCCUGGCUCUCUGACUACGAUGACCUUGCAUCUGCUUCCUAUGAUAAGGGCUACCAGUUUGAGGAGGACAAUCCCCUGCGAGAUCACCCUCAGCCUUUCGAAGAAGGGCUGCGGCGACUUCAGGAGGGGGACCUGCCUAAUGCUGUGUUGCUGUUUGAGGCAGCUGUGCAGCAGGAUCCUAAGCACAUGGAAGCUUGGCAGUACCUGGGCACCACCCAGGCGGAGAAUGAGCAAGAACUCUUAGCCAUCAGUGCACUGCGGAGGUGUCUGGAGCUGAAGCCAGACAACCGGACGGCACUGAUGGCACUGGCCGUGAGCUUCACCAAUGAGUCACUGCAGCGACAAGCCUGUGAGACGCUGCGGGACUGGCUGCGCUGCACCCCCGCCUAUGCCCAUCUGGUGGCACCUGGGGAAGAAGGGGCCGGAGGGGCAGGACUGGGUUCUGGCAAGCGGAUCUUGGGGUCUCUGCUGUCUGACUCCCUGUUUCUUGAGGUAAAAGAGCUCUUCCUGGCAGCCGUGCGCCUGGACCCGACGUCCAUCGACCCGGAUGUGCAGUGUGGCCUGGGGGUCCUCUUCAACCUGAGCGGGGAAUACGACAAGGCCGUGGACUGCUUCACUGCUGCCCUCAGUGUUCGUCCCAAUGACUAUUUGCUGUGGAAUAAGCUGGGGGCCACACUGGCCAAUGGGAGCCAGAGUGAGGAAGCCGUGGCUGCGUACCGUCGGGCCCUUGAGCUACAGCCUGGCUACAUCCGGUCUCGCUAUAACCUGGGCAUCAGCUGUAUCAACCUGGGGGCCCACCGGGAGGCCGUGGAGCACUUUCUGGAGGCUCUGAACAUGCAGAGGAAGAGCCGGGGCCCGCGGGGGGAGGGAGGUGCCAUGUCAGAGAACAUCUGGAGCACCCUGCGCCUGGCAUUGUCCAUGUUGGGCCAGAGUGAUGCCUACGGCGCGGCGGAUGCCCGGGACCUGUCUGCCCUCCUUGCUAUGUUCGGCCUGCCCCAGUGACAGUGGGACGGGCUGCCCUGUGAGUGCCCACCUGGAGGGGUCUCCGUCCUGGAUGUGACACCCUCUCCCCCAAUGGGUCUCCAAGGGGGUGGGCUGACGACCACAGGCGGUAUGGCUUCUCGGGAGCUGCCUCGGUGCAGGGGUGGAUCGUCGGCUUCUAGGUCCUACGUAAUUGUAGGGUAAGGAGCUGUUGUCUGUGUCCCUUGGUAAUUCAGGGGCUGUGCAUCCAGCUACAGGUCUCUUCUCAUCACGCCCUUUCUUGGUGCUGCUUUCUGGGUAGGACCCAAGGAUAUGGGUAACUGUUGUCAUCAGCUGCCAUUUCUGAGAGGGUCUCCCAUGUUUGUAAUGUCUCUCCUUCCCCCGUGUGACUGGGAAUUGGUAACAGGCCGGCCUUCGAGGGCAGUUGUGUUAGGAGGCUCUGCUGGGCAUCUGUAAUGAUGCUUCUGUCUGGGCUGCGGUAUGGUAGGCAUUGGUUUGGCUCUGGGGAACUGAGCAUUGGUGUAGGUGCUUGCAGAUCUGCCACUCUUGGACUAUCCUUCUGGAUGUGAGCUUGGGUUCCCUGAGUGUGUGACUGUGAUAUAGGAACUCGUGUUGUUACUGUAUGGGUCCUCAGGAACAGCUGGGUCCAGUUGGCUGUGGGAUAGGCGAAGGCUCUUGUGUGGGAUGACCCUGGUGGGGACUCGUCAGGGUCAGAUCAGAGGCUCCAUCCUGGGACUUUAGUGGGGGCACAGAGGGCAUGGGAGUGCAGCAGGCCUCCUAGAAAGACCUGAGUGGGAGUUGUCCUAACUGUAGAAAGUAGGUUCUGAGAUUUCCAUCUUGCCAAAUUCCUAGCAGAGAGGGCACUCUGUGUUACCAUAUGCCUCUACUGUCCUUCCUGAAAUAUGUUUAAGGGAGAGUGGGAAAUUGUUCUUCCCCCACAUUACCACCACAUGGUGAAGACUGAGGAAAGAGGGAGCACUGUGGCCUCUGUUCCCUGUCCCCCGCGUGGGAAACCCUGAAGCCCACUUAGGACUGCUAAGCCUCUUGCCUUGUCUUCAGUAGCUAAUGAUCAGAGAGAUUUUUUUUUUUAACUUACCAUGGUCCCCAGAUUCCAUCCUGAAAUUUAUUUUUCUUUGUAUGAAUAUGUGUAA